CCCAUGACAGAAAUUAAAAGAGGUGUGUUGGGGCGGCCGAUUAAUCCAAUAUAAGGAAAUUUCAGGAAGUGAUCCUAGUCAUCAAAGAUAGGAUAACACAUAUCAUGCACACUCCACACAUGUAAUCCAAUUAUAGGCCCGCACUUUUCAGUCUCUGGAUUCAUAAACAAAGAUCCUUUUUCGAAACUUGGGUAAGAAGAAAAAUCAAGAGACAAUGGGUGUCUCAUUCCUCUCAACACUUCCUUCUCUGGUUCCCAUUGUUUCUCUCAACACUUCCACUUCCACUACCAAUGCCACUACCAGAUUCUCAGCACAUGCAAGUAAUCAGGUUGUCAUUCGUUGUCAUAAACUAGAGAACGAUGUUGGUGAGAAUGGUUUCCAUAGAAGAGAUGUUCUCAAAUGCUUUGGUGCUACCAUUGGCAUGGAAAUAGUAGCGAGCUCAGGGUCAUUCGUUGAAAUGGCAAGUGCUGCUGAUUUGAUACAACGGAGACAGCGUUCCGAGUUUCUCUCUGAUGUUAAGGGAACCCUCCUAACUGCGCUACAGGGGAAACAAGAUCUUAUUCCAUCAAUUCUGACUUUGUCACUGAAUGAUGCCAUGACAUAUGAUAAGACUACAAAAUCUGGAGGUGCAAAUGGAUCCAUACGGUUCAGCUCAGAGAUAAGCAGACCUGAAAAUAAAGGGCUUUCUGCUGCUUUGAAUUUAAUAGAGGAAGCGAAGAAGGAGAUAGAUUCAUAUUCCAAGGGUGGACCAAUAUCCUUUGCAGAUCUCAUCCAAUAUGCAGCACAAAGUGCGCUGAAGGCUACUUUUCUGGCAUCUGCUAUCCGCAAAUGUGGAGGGAAUGAAGAGAAAGGGAGGUUACUAUACACUGCCUAUGGUUCAAAUGGACAGUGGGGCUUAUUUGAUAGGCAAUUUGGAAGGGCAGAUACGCAGGAGCCAGAUCCAGAGGGGAGGGUGCCCCAGUGGGAGAAAGCUUCUGUUCAGGAAAUGAAAGAUAAGUUUUCAGCAAUUGGCCUUGGUCCUCGCCAGCUGGCUGUUAUGUCUGCAUUCUUGGGUCCUGAUCAAUCAGCAACAGAGGCCUUAUUGGCGACUGAUCCAGAUGUUUCUCCAUGGGUUCAGAAAUACCAACGUAGCCGAGAAACAGUUUCUGAGACAGAUUACGAGGUUGAUCUGAUAACAACUCUGACCAAAUUAAGUAGUUUUGGCCAACAAAUCAACUACGAGGCCUACACAUAUCCUGUUAAAAAAAUUGAAUUGAGCAAACUCAAAUUGUAGAGAAGCAAAUGAUGUUAUCAAAUUCAAGGCAGAAGCACCAAAUACGGCUAGUGCAUUAUUUCAUUCCAACAACAAUUUUUGUUUUUUUCAGAGAUAUCCUUGUACAAGCUCUCGAUCCACAUAACGAGUU